AUGCCACCCCUAUUUCGUGCUGAUCACAUUGGGUCGCUGAUUAGACCUACCCGCCUCCGGGAUGCCACUCAAUCUAUUGGCUUCUAUGAGCAGAUUGCUGCCUCUGAUGACCUACUAGCCGUGCAUGAGGGCAUUAGGUACGCUGCCAAGCAGCAGCUCACCUUGUCAGUUCGCCCCAUCACCACUGGAGAAUUCGAUCGCAGAUUCUUCCUGGGGGGCUUCUUCGAGAACCUAGAAGGAAUAGAAACCCAACAUGCUGUACCGAUUGAAGGCGGGCCGUUUCGUUCAGGGCUCUUCCAUCUCAAUGGGAUAGCCAAGCUGGGUCACAAGAACUGGCCGACCUGGGUUGCUACAGGGAAGAUCAAACAUGUGAAGCCUUGUUUUCUAGACUCCUGGGAUAGGCUCAAGGCGGCUGUCCCACCUCCACAGUGGAAAGAAUGCAAAAUGACCUUGCCAUCUGUGACUACCCAACACAUUCAUAUGAAGCGUGGCGAGGCAUAUCUCCCCGGAGUGUACUCCUCGGACAAAGAAUAUUUUUCCGACCUCAUUGUCGCGUACCGCAAGGAGCUGCAGAUCUUAUAUGAUGCUGGCCUUCGUUCAGUACAGGUUGAUGACCCUUUGUUUACCUGCUUCGUGGACCAGAAUUUCCUGAACAGCCUCAAAAAUGAGGGAGUUGAUCCGAACGAGCUCUUGCUGCUCUAUAUUUGGGCGCACAACGAGUGCCUUAGGGAUUUGCCCAAAGACCUCCACGUUGGUAUUCACAUCUGCCGCGGGAAUGCGCCGAAGAACGUGCUUGACGAGUUUGGACCCCAUUCGUCCUUUGAGCCAAUUGCACAAAGAGUUUUUGGAGGCCUUGACUUCCACACCCUCUAUCUUCAAGUCGACGAGGGUGACUUGGAGCCGCUCAGAUUCAUACCUCGUGGAACCAACGCUGUUCUGGGGGUCGUGGACACGAAGACUCCGGAGCUGGAGCAGGUAGAGGCGAUCGUGAAGCGCGUUAGGGAAGCGGCUGGAGUGAUCGCGAAGGGCCAGGAACGGUCGGUGGAGGAGGUGUUGGCAGACUCUAUAGCGGUCAGCCCCACGUGUGGCUUUUGUUCUGUUAUUUUCUUUGACGGUGUGCAAGGCGAAAGGCGGAUGUGGGAGAAGUUGUGUCUUGUGCAGGAUGUGGCCCGUCAUAUCUGGCCCGAAAGCACAACCAAGGCAUAG